AUGCUGCCAGUCAAGCUUAUUGUAUUAUUAACGCUGCUCAGCUGCGGCGUGGCAACUAAAACGCAAUUAAAACCCGCCGUAGAACGCGUGUUUGGGCGUCGCAAACGUGCCAUUAUAUUUCCGCCGGGCUCGUUUGUUAAGUUUACUUUAAACUUUGGCAAAGGCUUGUUGUCGCGUUAUCCGCGCGGCAUUAGCUUCAAUUUGGAGGAGGCUGUCUACUAUCCCAUACCAGGCACGCGCGAUGAUUUAUAUCCCAAGCGUUUUCGGCCCAAGAGCACAGCCAAGCCAGCAAGAACGCCAGCUACAACUUUUGUGUAUAUACCAGGCACAGAUUGGCGCUUCAAGGCGCAAGUUGUUUCAAAGCCCAAGCCAAGGCCGCUCAAGACGCAGCGCAUUGAUGAGCUGAGCCAUGCCAAUCCGUACAAGUGGCAAAAGUGGUCGCAAUAUGGCGCACAAUGGGCAACAACAAGCAGAGCGUACUACAAAAAGAAGUGGACUACACCUGCGCCCAAAUGGACAGCAGCUUGGACACAAAGCUACGCCAAGUACAAGCCAACUGGGAAUUGGCGUCACUAUGCUGCGCAUCGCGAUCGUCGUGAUCUCUUUGCACACUUUGCUGGUCUGAGCGAACUCUUUGGCAUCGAUGUCAAGUCCUGCAUACUGCGCACCAUUUGCGAUGCAAAGCGUUUGCUUUUGCCCACUGGCUACUCCAUGCUGCAGGAUAUGCUGCGCCUCGUCUUUACCUUGCCGCGUCUGGAUGGCCUGGAGGAUGAGUACACGCGCAUGAUGAGUCAAGAUGCCGACACCUGUGCGCUGCAUUUGAACAGCAAAUGUAAUAUGAACCUGUUAAUUUGGCUAUUAAGCGGUAGACUAGACCAUAAAUGA